AUGCAGGGAGAAUCUAGAAGCAGUAGCAGCAUGAGUGACAUGAGCAGGAGGAGAUCAUGCUAUAGAGGGCACUGGAGGCCAGCCGAAGAUCAGAAACUUCAACAACUUGUUCAACAUUAUGGUCCCCAGAAUUGGAAUUUCAUUGCAGAACAUCUUGAGGGAAGAUCAGGGAAAAGUUGCAGAUUGAGAUGGUACAACCAACUUGAUCCAAACAUCAACAAGAAGCCAUUCACAGAAGAAGAGGAACAAAGGCUUCUUGCAGAUCACCGGAUUUAUGGAAACAAAUGGGCUCUUAUUGCACGUCGUUUUGAAGGCAGGACUGAUAACGCACUGAAGAAUCACUACCAUGUUAUCAUGGCAAGAAGAAAACGGGAAAGAUUCGCACUACUCCAAGAUCAUCAUCAGCAUCAUCAUCAUGAUCCAAGUCUACUCAACCAUCACAACAGCUUCACUACGUUCUGGUGA